AGGGUUAGGGUUCAUAAGGUGAUACUCGGCACCCCGAUCAGCAAUGACACAAAGAAACCAAGACCUUAAUUUCUCACGCCACAGACUACAUCAUACUUAGGUUACUUCGCGAUUUGAUAUCUGUUCCCGUUAUUAUCCCCGUUCCGUCUUGAUGUAGUUGGUUCUGAUCGACCCUUUAUUCUAGUUCCAAAGAGAUCGAGCCCGAGGAUGUAUUACGAUUUACUACCAACAAAAAUGCGUUUUCACAAUUUUACUGACGAAAAACCGCUAUAAUACAAAGGAGCACCACCAUGGGGGACGACUUCGCGUUGGAGGUGUGCAGCACCACCAGCUUCUUGAAAAAGACGCUCGAUUCCUACCCGGAAGGCGGCCAAAUUGUCGUCGAGGCGUUCCAAAAUGCAGUCGACGCAAAGGCCUCGGAGUUUGGCUGUUUCCUCGACUGCUGGCGCGUGGAUCAUGACCAGGGAGGGACAAGUGCAAGCACUAGCAGUUCCUCGUCCAGCUCCGCCGCCAGCGAAGAUUCUCACGCAACCAGAAAAAAAGCGAAAAAAAGUAGCAGCUUGAAGAAAAAUAAAAGCACAGGAGCUGCUCGCAGCUCCACUGGUGAGCAGAAUGUUGUUAACACCUGCUCCGCCGUUGCUGAUGUGGACGACGCGGCGCUCCGGGUGCGCGAGUUUUGCCACGUGUGUGUGGUUUUCACGAACGAUAGUGUUUUUCUCCCGGAAGACUGGGAAAGCUGGAAGAAGAUGUACGAGAGCGUCAAGGCUAGCAAGCCGGGGAAAAUUGGGCAGUACGGCCUGGGCAGCCGCAGUUUCUUCCACGUCGCGGACGUUAUCGCCGUGGUGUCCGAUAAAUUUCUCGCCUUCGUAGAUCCGAACAAGAUCGUUUUCACGGAAACCGGGGGGAAAAAGUGGGAUCUCACGGAAGACGGACACCGAGACCCGACCCUGCGCACGCCGGAGUGGCAAAGGUAAGUAACAAACAGGUUGGUUUUUGCUGAGGAGAGCGCAGAGGACUCAUUUCAUCCUUGACAGAUUCCGUUUCAAGUAUGCUUUAGUAGUGAAGUGUCUUUUGCAACUUUAGUGACAGCGUUACCCGAUUUGUUCAUCAAUGAAUUUCGUUACGCAUCAAGGCAACGAACCUUACCACUACAGGUUUCUGAAGGGUUUCGAGCGCUACGGACUGACACGCGACCAGGAGACCGGUCAGUUUGAGCCCUUCCAGGGGACCAUCAUUCGUCUGCCCUUGCGCACGGAAGCCCAGGCGCAAACUUCCGAGAUCAGUCAGAAUGCCUACACACCGGCAAAAAUGGUCGACAUUUUGAGGCAGCGGUUUUACGACGAGCUUGACCCGAUGGCCUUAUUGCGCUUCAUUCCGGGCGUGAAGAAAAUCCGCGUUGGCCAGUACACUCACGACGGUAACCGCUUGGAGGGAUUGCGCAUCGACGCAGAAGUGCUACCGGUCCAAUCUUCGUCUUCCGAAAAUAUAAGACAAGAGCAGACCUUGGAAACAACAUCCUUCACUUCGAGCGUACCGAGCGCAAAGCGGCGCAAAACCGAGCAAUCCUCUCGUGGUCUCGCAACUACUUCAUCAUCAUCAAGUACUUGUCCUCGGGAAGUUGUGCCUGAAUUCCUUCGCAAGUUCAAGGACUAUGCACAGCUCGCGAGCGCCCUCCGAGACCGUCCUGGCGCUGCUGCGACGACGAGCGACAAAAAGGAGGACGCGGUCGUGUUGCCUUCUUCGCAGUACCUGUUGCAAGUCUCGUUUUCCGUGAAUGAAAACGCGUUUGUCGACCUUGCUAACAGUCAAACGAGCCCCAGCGACGAAGGUGGUUUUCUUCCGCAACGCGACGGCGAGAGUAACUACCCCUCCACCGUGAGGACGCGAUCUGAAUUCGUCUCGAUCGCGGUCGCUGACGUACCGAGCUUGUCCAAUGCGGUGCAAAAACUCAAAACCGCUCCUGUCGUGGGGAUCGCAAUUCCCCUGGUCGCAGAGCAGCAAGCAUCUUCUUCUGCGGAGCAGGCAGGGGCUGGAAAUCAUGAUCAAGUUGUUCUGCAACUACAGCAGCAAUUCCACCGGGCGUACACGUACAUGCCUUUGCCGUUCGCGACCGGGUUGCCGGUCCCCAUUCACGGCGACUUCCAGCUGCACGACAAUCGUCGGUCGCUGUGGACGACGGCCUCAAACGACGUGCGCGGCACAGCGCUAGAAAAGGGGAAAUGGAACAAGACUCUCGCGGAAGAGCCGCUGCCGGAAAUGUACGCGACCAUGCUGGCGACGGCCCUGCGAUGCAAACUGUUCUCGAUGUUGACAAGGAAAGGGAAUGAACGUCAGGACCUUGUUCCAAGCAAGAAAGCCAUACUAGAAUCAGCGUCAGCAGACCACGGCCAACUCGACACCACGCUCCGAUCCCGCCGCGAGUACUUUUCCAAGUGGCCAAAUCUGUCGCUGCUCGGCUCUGCCGCGACCAAUAACCGAGAGUACUGGUCCGCUUUGGCUGAACGAGUGGGCUUCUACGCCAAGUCGCGUCUGACGAUUCCGCGGGAGGCAGUCGUCUUUCCACCCGGAGAACUGGAAACUGCGGCGGUAGAGGACGAGGAGACCACUGUCGAAAAUGCCCUCUACAAGCCCGAGGACGUUGUUCUCCUCGGCGCGGAGUUCCGGAGCCGUCCGAAGCAUCGCAGCGCCGCGAUGCGGCUGCUUGCGCAGUGCUACGGACAGACGACGCAGUUGCUGCCGACGGAUUGUCCCGCACAUGUGGAGGAAUUGCUGGAGAAGAGCGCACAGAAAGUGUUGAGUAUCAGCAGUUUUUUCGAACAGUUCUUUUUUCCCGCGAUCCCGCAGCUGAUUGAUCAAGAGAGCGGGAAGUGGAAACUUCCUUCAUCACUAACCUCCGUCGACGCUAAAAAUCAAGAAAAGCAGAAAUCCUCGCAAGAGGAGGUCGUACAAGAACCCAACCGGGGGUGCUUCUCCUCAAAGCUUGGUUUGUUCAAUACGGAGCGCCACCUCCAGCCCGACGAAUUCGAUUUGCUUUUGGAACUGUACCUGACAGAAGUAGUGAACAGAAAAAACAAGCAGUCGGAAGGCAAGAAUGUUGGAACCAGUUUGCUUCUGGUUUCGAGCGCGGAACAAGCGGACAUUUUCAGCAGUACAAAACUUCUACGACGAGCAGAUGGGAUUGAAAGCGAGGCUAUUGAACGCCCAUCAACAGGUUCACAAGCUGCUUGCUACGAAGCCAUCGGUUCGCUUUUUGACCCCGGAGAGAAGAGACUCGCGGGUCUGCUAUCGGAAGAAGCGUUUCCGGCGCCGAGGUUCCGCAACGUGCCGACGCUGCUACAUGCGCUGCGGCAGUGCGGGGGCUUGCGGAAGGAUCUGGGCUGGGAGCUGAUCGAAAAGGUCGCACUGGAGAUCGAUCAAGGCCACCGAAAAGCAAACGCGCGGAAAGAGUUUCCCGCUACGGUAGACCUUGCGGAAAAAGACUUCGUGGAAGAAGACACGGCAACGUCAGCAUUGUCUUCCACGAAACUACCGUCAGUGGGGGUGAAGCAGGAAAUAAAAUCCGAGGCAGAUCUUGUCGCCGGCGAAGAUUCUGCAGCAGCAGCUGCAGAUACCAGCAGCGCUGGUACCGGAGUUGCAGCGAAGGCCACGAGCUUGCGACGCGUCCGUGUGGACGUCUUCGGUCACCUGCCUCCUCCGGACACGAGUCUCCCAUCUUCUGCCACCUCUACUAGUAGUUCAGCCCUGGGUCUGGUGCCCUCGCAAAACCAUGACACGAAAACUGCGCCGGCAAAGGCGAGCGCAAGCGCAAACGAGGUGAUUGAGCUCAGUGACAGCGACGAUGACAUGUCGGUACCGCCGCCCGUUCUGAAUACUACAACUGCUGAAAAAGAACAAACAGCGCGGACUCAGGAAACUUUGGAAAUUACCGUUAUCCAGGACAGUUUUUUUGCCGUCAAUUCCGCACAAGAUUUUGAGACGUUUCGCGCCCGCGCUGUGAAACUUCAGAAGUACAUCAGUUGGAAACUGAAGAACGACAGCAGCCUGCAAAGCGAUGACCUGGUCGGGGAAUCCUCCGAAGAUGCGGAGUCUUUACGCGCCCGCAAAAACCGCGUGUUUGGCGAGAUCUCGUGGGUGCCGCAAGCCGAACCGCCCCGCGCUGAGGUUUCGAAUAUCACCUUCCGUCUGUGGGCGGAAUUCCGCAGUCUGCGGCCGCCGGCGAAAAUGACAGCAAGCAAGCAUCUGAAGGGCUUGUUUGCGGCGGUUCCGGUCUCGGCCUGGGACCUGUCCGAAGAUGAUCCGUUUGCGAAAACCGCCGGUUGGGAAAAGCCGGUGUCGCCGAUCCUGUGCAUGCAGCAACUUGAUCAUUUGCAGAAGGGUUUGCAGUUGCGACUUUUGGACGGUGGGAUGUACCGGACGCACUUGUGGGAGACGCUGCACAUCAUGAAUGUGCACUGCGGCGGCCAGGCCACUCCGGAUUUCUUCAAAGUCAAGAAAAAGAUGAAAAGAGCGGGAAAGAGGAAGAGACGCGAGGAAGAGAACUCAGGCAGUUACAACGACCUGGAGCCGCAAGGCAGCGAUUUGGUAGAAAACUCGUGUCACGCCUCGAAAGAGGCGACGGCCGACGGAGCUUCUUGCGAAGAUGACGCGAACUAUGCAGAGCUGCUUCGGAACCGUCUGAGCCACCUUCCACUUUUCCCCGCUGAAGACGGGCAACUUCGUGCGCCUGAGCAGUGCGUCUGCAUCUCCUCGGGCGCGCAAAGAGAUUUCAGUCCUUACCUCUACACAGUUCCUGUGGAAUACUUGCCUUUUCGCGAGCAGCUCGAGUUUUUCGGUGUCGCAAAGAAGCUGACGCUUUCCAAAAUCGACACCAUUCUCCUCACGGCGCGGGGUGCAACCACGACAGGAAGUAGUAGCCGCGGCCCGAAAAUUUUCACUACAGAGGAAAAGGCCGGUCUGGAAAACUUGCUCAAAAAAUGGGCGGACAUGAACCGAGAGAGCAAAAAUAGAAAGCAAUCGGUUGCUGCUGGAACUGCAGCGUAUCCGAGCGUUGUUUUGACAGAGGCGGACACCCUUGAAGAGCGUGAAGCCGUCCACUUCAACGAUGGUCGCGGGAAAAAGCACAAAGCGAAGACGACCACGGGAGCAGGCCUCAACUCAGAGUCACAAGUAAAUAGAACGGUCCUCAGCGCCGUGUUCUCGAAAGUUGACGCGGGGGCGCUUGGUGUAAAGUGCCUCUCGGAGCUGCUUGCGCUGCAGCAAGACAGCGAAAGCGAGCAGGACGAGGACAGCGUCGAAGGGGCAAAGGAUGGGAAGAACGUGAAGAUAAAUGUGUCCUACCAAGACCGGAUCCGCAACGUCCUGGAAGAUUACACAGAGUCCGGCACUGGUCUUGUCACAGUCUGCAACGAAGCAAUUCAAAAUUUUGACGACGCCGGAGCACAAGAAAUUUUCUUCCUUCUAGACGAGCGCCGGCACCCAGCCGAGCGUUUGCUCAACGAUCAAAUGCAAGCGCUGCAGGGACCCGCACUGCUGAUUGCGGGGGACUCGGUGUUCUCCAAACAAAAUUUAGACUCCUUGCAGUUCGUGGGCCGGUCACAGAAACGCGAACGAUUCGACGCAGACGGGCAGUUUGGGGUCGGCCUAAACGUCAACUACCACGUGACGGACUCCGUCGCGCUCCGAACCGCGAACCAGGUAUGGUUUCGUAUUCUUCAACGAAAUUCCUGUGUGUAGUCCUCUCGGCAUUAGAUCCUGAUUGUUUUUUGAAAGCAAGUUGUUGUCCUACUCCUAGUCAUUCUCAUUGCACCGUGUAUCUUGAAUCCUGGAGAUCUUCAUUUCUGGAAAUACAAUACAGAUACGCUUCUUCGAUCCUUUGCACAUGUAUGCGUCUGCCGACUCCGCUGAGCGGAAGUCUCGACCGGUGAAGUUGUUUGAGGAAAGCGCACUGGAGAAGCACUUUCCUGAUCAGAUCGAGCCCUUCCUGAACCUGCCGGUAUUCUUCCCCACCGGGACGCAGUUUCGACUUCCAUUGCGGGCGGAGGCGAGUGGGUUGAAGCGGAAGGUGUAUCAGCCCGGCGAGUACGUCCAAGAGCUGGCUCAGUGGAGUUCUCGCGACAUGUGGAAGUGCCAGAUUUUUGCCCGGUCUCUGCGUCGCAUUCGUGCGGGCCGGAUUGGGGCGGACGGUGUGGUUUAUCUCAUGGGCAACUAUAACGUGCAGCUGCGCGAACUCGACUCCGUACCAUGGGCCCCGGUGCUAACGCCCGGGGGUGCGGACGUGCCGCUUGCUCAAGGGGCUGAAGUUUGUGAAAUCGGCGUGGCAGAGGCUUCUAACUCGUCAGGGCGGCAUGACGAGCAACGCGACAGCAAAGACAAACAAGGCGAAACCCUGUUGCCGCCAUUGGAUGAGGAUGGAAAUAAUCUUGCCACAACAAGCACCAGCUCAAGACCCGUUCCGUUAUCUCAUCCGUCUUCAAGUGCUGCCUUAGCCUCGAGUUCCUCGUCACGCGCUGUGCAGUCAUCGCAGGUACCACUCUCCCUGGAGUCGGAAGGUGUCGAAAUUCCAGCCCCGAUCGCGGAACUCGUGGCGCAGGAGCCCAAACUUCGCGAGAUGAUGCCGGAAAUCGCCCUGGGCGUGCGGGACGGAAGCGCCCGGGACUUCUAUGCGAAUCUGCCAAAAACGGGGGCAGACCUCCGAGCUCACAUCAAAAAGGCCGACGUCCGGAAGUCGCGAUAUUGCUACUUUCACGUCGUGGUGCAGACGGGGGACGGGUUGGAUCUGAGUGAGAGCUCUGAAUCAGCAGCCGAAGAAGGAACGUUGCGGAACGCUGAAACAGGGGACGCGGACGAGUAUACCGGACCACCUUUGAAACGUGCGAAGCAAGAAUUAGAUGCCGAAGACCCUGCUCCUGCCAGUUCCGAGAAACCUGUGGCUCAGGCAACGGCACAAGAAAGCGCGAAGAGAAGACAAGCCGACAGCGACGAUUCUAUCAAAGAAAACGACAACGAAUCUUUACUGAAGGUCCAGGGUAGCGGCCGCGGCAGCAUCAGGAGGACCUUCUUGGUAAGGAAGCACAUCAGCGCGCCUGCUCGGCCGGCUUCAAAAAAGAAAACCCGCAACGCGGCUGACCAGACCGACUCGGUCUUGCCACGAGAAAUUGAGUUUGUAGUCGCCCUCUUCUUCAACGCGGACUGUUUGAAGGAUUCGCUACGCGUGCUUGAAGAAGAGAGCAUGGCGUUGCUGCCCGUCGGUGGAAUCGCAAUGCCGCUUCGUAUUUUGGAACACGAUCAUCACCAAGGCAGUUCGAGCGAGAAUACAAACGACGCCAGCAGCAGUGCGGCACAGGCAGACAUGGGACAGAAUUUUUACCCAGGCACGAAGGAAUUCCAAAGACGUGUCGCGAAGAUCAACCGGGAGAACGAGUAUCUCUUUCGAUUCCGUCCCCUGCGGUCGGGGGUACAGGAUCAAAGCCGGUCCGUCACCGAGUUUUACAUGCACGGCUUUUGGAAGUUGCACUCGUCGCGGUUGCUGAUUUUGUUCGACCAGAAGGAGCCAGAAAAGUGCUGGAAUCAGAUGCUGAUGCAACAGGUACUGCAGCCUGCCUACGUCCUCGCCUUCUGCGGAGCGCUGGGAUCCUUGAAACGCAUUCAGGAGGAGGAGCUGCAGGCCGCGCGCCGCAGGGAAAAGGCGCGCGCCCAGCGUGCCGGCGUUAAUGCCGCUGCCAGCGACAACGACGGUGCGGCCGCAGCGGCCAGAAACCAGGAUAUUGAAGACCGCGAUCUGGCCCGGCUGUGCCUGCUGUCCCUCCCCGCCGUCACGGCCUACCCGCAUCUGCUUCCGACGUGCAGCGGUGCGGCAGAGGACGCUGCCGGAAUUCUCGAGUUUCCGGCUCUCGAGAAGCAGAAUGGUACUACGGCCGCCCUUGCAACAGAGGACGACCCCUGGCAGACGUUUGCGGACGGUUGCCUCUCCUCCCUGUACAGACGGGGAGUGCCGUGCGUGCCGGUGUGUCCGAACAACCCGAAGGCCGGUAAGGCGAGUAAGAAAGCCUCCUGGUUUUUGGACGUGAGUCUGGUGCUGGAACGGAUCAAGGACGACAGCUGCCUCGAAUGCUCGAUCAACAUGGACUUCACCCCGGAUCCCUACUUUUCGAUCGACGACCCGAAGCAGACGUACGACAGAGGGUCCGUGCUCCAAUGGGUCGACCAGGACGGUCGGCACCCGCUCACGCGGCGGCCCACGAGCCGCGACAAGUGGAAGUCGAAUCAAGCUGUGAAGAAAAUCGCCGAGAGCCUGCACGCCAUGUUCGGCGUGCAGAGCUCGAGCGCCCACGAGGGUGCUGCGGUCGUGGAGGAUGGUUCGGCCGACGACGGCGGUCGAGGACAAGCCAACAAAAGCGAUCCCACCGACGUUUUGGAGAAGGAGCUUGUGAGGCUGGGAGCGUUGUAUCCUUUGACCAGCGAAAACGAGAAACCGUACUUGACCUCGAAGGGCCGGACGGUCCGCAAAGACACACCGGCUGCGGAGCUGCAAUCGGGGGAAGAACUUGUCUGUGAAAAUCACGUCUUGAUCAACAUCCUGCAGCUGUUCGCAACGUACGACCGGUUCCGGAACGCGGGCGUCGAGCUGGUCGCCCUGGAGAACAGCCGGCAGGAGGCGCACGGAAACGAAGUGACGUGGGUGCCGCUGGCCAGGGCGGUGUUUGACGGACGGACCGCGGUCGAUUUCUGUGGCGAGGGUGCUUCGCACCGCAUGGCCUACUUCCAACAGCAACGUCCGAUGAUCCGCCACGUCAUGUCUGUUUCGCUGCUCUCGUUGCGUUCGCAGGCCCGGCUUCUGCGCGCGUUGUCGAAGAGCAAAGGCACGCCGUUGCAAGAGCUCACGCCGGCCAAAGUUUGCGCUGCCCUUCGCGAGUACACCGAGACCUGGCAAAUUUUUGCCAAAAAGCCCGGAGAUUUUUGGGACAGAUGGGAAAAUAAGUGGAUGACCGCAGAGGAGUACACUGGUCUGACGAGCGGAGCCGACAGAUUCGUGCCGAAGAGUGUAAAUUUUGUGCGGCAGGCAGAUGUGCCCGCAGAAUCGAUGCUGCGCAGCCGCGAGUUCGUGCUGAAGUUUCUGGACUUCCUGGUUUCGGACCGCUUUCAGAAGUUCAGCACAAGUGAGGACGGUUCCCUGCUGCAGCAACUCUGUGGAACGCCACUGCUUCUGCUUGGGGGUGUGAGCGGUAACAGGUCUGGGUUUGCCACAAACCUCUUUUUGCUGGGACGGGUGCCAGAUCCUCAAGAAGCCGUAGAGCUUUACACGGAAGGCAAGAACACUAGCGGCCUUGGCGCUUGGUGGAGGUGGAGCUGCACACCGCAGUUGUUUCUGGCAGCGGGAUGGCAGAAAGAUGGCACGGGGAAAAAUGGCGGGAACAUGGACAAGCACGCAGAAACGUGGCUGUCCAAGGUCGUACGCGAAACCUCGUCCGAAAGAUUUCUGCAACAUCGAGAGCGGCAGGUUCCAUCGCGAUUGAUAAAAACCGAUCAGGACCUAGCAGACGCAGGAAAUACGGAAUGCUGCCGAUUCGUAAUCGAGAGGCCCGAGCUCGACGGAAGCCUCACAACUAAAGCUUGGCUCGCAGCAAUGGAUGUGCUGCACCCGCUGAAAACAGUAGACGUCCCGGGGAUGCGGCGGGACGGUCGGCCCGGUUCGAUCAAGCAGACAAAGCGGGCGCCCGCAAGUGGCACCGAGCUAUCCAAGGCCCUGCAUCUGUUGCAAGACUGGCCCCUAUUGCGCACUGUGCAGAAUCGCGUCCUAUUCGGAACUGCAACAAGCAAGACAAUUCUGUGGCCGUCUUCGACGUGGGGCCCCGUUCCGCCUCCGCUCCAAGAUGUGUUGCGUGCGCUCGGAUACUUCGUUGUACCGGGGAAAUUCGGAAACCCUGUAGACGAUCCUUUCCAAGAGCUGCGCGGGAUUUCAGAUUUCCUCAAUGUCAUCCCAGAACAGUUCCUAAAAUCGCAGAUCCAACUGCGCUGCGUCGUUGGUAUUCCGAAGCUCGUGAAAGUUUUGGCGAACAACAAAGAUGCGUUUGCUGCAGGGUUGACCGACGAAGACAAGAAAGCGCUGGCGCGCUUCUUUUCGAAGUGCAUCACCGAAAACACGAUGCUCGGGCCCAGCUCGUCUGGCGGUAACCGCGGCGCCGUUCAAUUUCAGGAAGCCGGUGACUGCAAGCGCAAUCUUCUGGCUCUGCCGCUCUACCAGACCCUUUCCGGAACGUACCGGUCGCUUGGUCUGGAAACUAGCCGCCGGCAGUACCUAAGCGGCGUGGAUUUUCUGUGUCAAGGGACACUGAGAGCGCACCGGGACGCAUUUGUGGACAUGCCCUACCUCCUCUGGGAGCCGGAGGAGUCGGGAGAGCAUGCGACUUCUUCGCGGCCCCUCUGGGAAUACGUGGGCGUCGAGGAAAUGAAGCUCCCCGCCUUUGCGGCCACGCUGUUGCCCAAGGUUGCAAAAACCGUCGCCGAGCAGGGCCGAUGGCAAGAUGUGGACCGUUGGAUGAACCUGAUUCGCGACUGGACGAAAAGCAUUAAGAGCAACGACGGAGCCCUGCUCACGACGCUCCGCGAGCAGGUCCGUGAGAUCCCGUUUCUACAUCGCGCGGCGGCCGCCCCUUGCUCACCUGGGGGCACAAACAAGAAGGCGAGGGAGCAAGUCGUGGCGGCUGCAUCCAGUAGCAGUUCGAGUUCUGCGGUCGGGUCUGCGAUUUCGUCUGCGACGUCGGCACUGCGCCCGCGCGGGGUGGUUUCCGAGUUUUUCGAUCCCGACGAGAAGGUUUUGAAGGAAUUUUUGCCCGCGGACGCCUUUCCCCAAGCGCCGCACGAUGCGCCCGAGUGGAUCCUCUUUUUGCAGAGAAUCGGUCUGCGGAAACGGUUCACUACGGAGGACUUCUUGCGACACGCACGGCAGGUGGCGCAGGACGCACUGCAAGUACUGCACAAGGCGGCUCAGGAGGUCUUGAACGUUGCGAAUAACCAGAAAAAGCAGUCAACAGACCAAGCAGCAUCCUCCUCGUCUGCAGGCACUACACGAGUUGUGGAUCCACCUUCCAACCCGGAGCAGGUGCUGCUGGAUCCAACGGCAGACCACGUGCGCGCGUUGGCGGACAAGGGAGCCUUGUUGCUGUCAUUUCUGCGGCAGCAGGUUCAACAAUCCAGCGAAACAGCACUGCUUGGCAGCAGUGCGCGGGAGUUUGCUGAGAAGCAUUUUCUGGACGAGGUUCGCAGCAUUGAGUUUGUGCCAGCUCUGACACGUUGCGUGAAUACAACUACGGUGGGUGAUCGUGGUCUCGCACCAGGAACUGUGCCAUCCGUAGCUUCGGUCACAAACGCAGACAGUGGCAGGCUCCCAUUAGCGAAAAGUGUGUAUCUCCCACGAGAAAUCUUCGCAGCAAAAGAUUUACGUGCACAAAUCGCAGGGGAGAACAACACGCACUUCAAGCCCAUUCUUGAAGAGUACCCGGGCACGGCCAUUACAUUUCACGAGGCAGCACACGCAGACGAACCACCAGAGACUCGGUUGCGCGUUACCGUUUCCUCGACAGAUCCAGACGAGAAGAAAUUCGAAGAAGCGUUCUCCAAGGUCGCUGAUUUGGUUGCAACGAUGACAGCGGUCAUUUUACAUGAGAUGGGCAUCCAAGAGGAAGAGAGCAAACAAAUUACGAGGAAAAUUCGGAAAGAAGUGUUUUCCAUCUAUGAUGACGACACGGUAGGACCGGAUAGCAGUCUCAAGACAGGAUUGGUCUGGAGACACUGUGGGGCGCGGCUGUGUUUUUCUGACGAGGUCUGGAAUACCACGUUCACGCAGCAGGACCGCGUUUGGAAGCCCGACGAGGGUGUUGUGGAACUGGGUGAGACUGAGAAAACUGUUUUGCUGUUACAGGAUGCGGCGGACGCCGAUACGGUCUUCCAGCACAUUGUGGCACUCUCAGAGUUCUUUCCGAAGACGCCAGAAGCGGCGCCGGAGACGAAGACGAUCAGCAACAGCGACCAAGAAGAACACCGGGAGGAAACACGGCAAGAUCAAGCUCACGUGGCCCUUGCUAGCUCUUCAAGUGGUUCGAGUUCAUCUUCUAGCUCGGCCGCACCGAUCAACAAGGUAAACCUGGUCCAGUCGGCCCAAGAAGCAAAAGCGUCUGGAAGCAUGAUCGAAGGACCAGAAGUUGCUGACGAAGGAUCUUCGCUUUCAAAUCUGCAUCCAAUUCUUUCGCAACCGAGCAACAAACGAGACGAGUGUGUUGAAGUGAGCAAGGCGCUGCGAAAGGAGUUGGCGAAGCACUACUGGCACGCGGUGGAGCAAUUAUCUUUGCUUGUGGGAGAGAAUCAGAUACAGAAUUUAAAUCGGGAUUCUUUGCGGCGCCAAGCUUGGCUCCCAGUCGUCGAUCGUGCCUCUGCCUCCGAGGACAGAAAUGCUGUCAGGAGGGACGAUGCACGGAUAACGGUGCUGGCGCAGCCAGAUGGUGUGUACGCUAACUUGACAAACAAGGCCGGAGAUUUGGCUGACCUUGACCGUGCGGGUAAAAGGUUUAGCUUAGCUCUCCAUCCGCGUUUUACCGCAAAUCCCAAACUAGCUUCGUUGUCCGGUAUGCUGCGGGAAACGCUGUUAGCGAAACUGACAUGCGAACACCUUCUAGGGUUGAUGGAGCAGAGAUUUGUCCCUGACCUGAAUGACCCUGACGCGCCCGUGGUGAAGUUUCAUCUGGGCCCGCCGGACGAGAAAACAAGAUCGGAAAAAGAAGACGAAGAAGUAGAAGUCGACACAUUAACAAACGCAGCAGCAGCGGCUGAAAAUAAAGACAAUUCUGCUGCAGCAGUUGCUGGCGAUCUGAACAACGUCCAGCGUAGUGGAGAGCGCGAAGCAAAGCUCCUGCAGAGUGGCCACCUCUACCUACAGUGUGUGCGCGAAAUCCUUAUGCUACAGCUUGCGGCUGAGAAGGCAAACUCCUCCGGAUCUUCUAGUGCUGCUGUCGAGCAGCCUGCGGGGCACGACGCUGCGAGGUCAGCUGUGGAUGUCGUCCGUCGCCGUUUUCCGCUUGUGGAUUCGUCUGGCUGCAUCUGCCGUGCUGAGGACGGCAUCGUGUUGCCUCCAAAAGAACUCAGCAGAGGUUGGUCUGAUGCGCAGAAGGAACAGCGGUCACGGGCGUUCGCGAAUUUGCGGCACAUACAUCCUGAAGUCGUGAAGAAAAUGGAGACAGUAUGGUCAGGUUUCGCGAGGAGGCGGCUGAAACUCCACCCGGCUGAGGAAUUUUGCAAAUACCAGAUCACUAGGAUUCUCCCGGUGGCCUCGAACUCCCCGACGCACGCUUUCGCGGAGUUUCUGUCGUCGUAUGAGCGGUUCGCUACACCUUUGGCAACACUGUGCCGCGGGUUGGAGCUUUCCGCAUGCGCCAUAGGCCUUGACACCACGAGGGUCGACUUCACUGCCUGCGAUGAGCUACGGAAAGGCUACAAGCUCACGCCUCCAACGACGAAAGCAGGUAUCGCUGUUCCUCCGGGCAGCGGUGGGUCUAGUUCAAGUUCAUCUAGCUCACGACCUUUGAUGGUGCAGCCGCCAGCACAGGUAGUGGAGGAAGACCUGAACGACCAGGCCUUCGAGAUCGCCUACGACGCUCCUGCACCUGAGACGGGCCGACAAGUUGAGAACUUUCGGCAAGUUUCCGUGAUCCGGUCGCUACUCGAGCGCGUCCUCCAAGGCGAACCAGGACCCAUGAAAAGUCUCUGUGAUGUGAUUGGGGAAGCUUACGGGUUUAGUUUUAGUGGCGACACGAUUGGGAACAAAUCGGAUUUAGCGAGAAUACUCAUCAGACAGAUCAUCGAGGACAAAUUCAUGCACGUAGAACGGAAAGACCCAAAUGGUAAUCCGCUUUCUGUACAUGCAAGCCGCAGCGACAGGAGCGCACCAGGACCUUCUUCGUCCUCCUCUUCCGGCCGGCCGCAACUCGGUGCGAACAGCAGCGCGUCAAGCCGUGAUGUUGGUACUGGCGCUGCUACAGGGACUGACGUCGUGCUGGGUGCUCGGGACCAUGAUUCAAAUUUUAACGCGGCCGCCGCAGCAGAAACAGAUGCACAACAAAACGCGCCGCUCUCCCCCUCCGGAAUCGACGUUGCCAUGGCCCCAGACGACGAACUCGGAGGUGAGAAUGCGGAUCAUGGUUCGGAGGCGGAUCGGGAAUUUGAAGGCGCGCAACCGGAGUCGAUGGAGGCCGACGAUCGGCUCGGGAGGGAUCAGGUGGCUCCGCAACACCAGUUUCCACGGGGUAGCAAUAGAGGACCAGUACGGAGAAUCAACAAUGCACCUACCCGGCGGCCCCGCGUGCUGCACCUGUCUCCGACGGUGCUCCGGAGCGCUGGGCAGAGUAGGCAGCAAGCGGCAGAACUACGGGACCAAACCGGCGACGAUUCCAGCGGUGAUCACAAGACAGUCGAAGCUUUACUAACGGUAGUGGAAGGGUUGCUCGGAACUACAAGGGCAGGAAAUGGCGGAGAAAAGAACGAUGCCACGGCUCGUCAGUGCGCUUCAAGUAGCAUGUUGACAAGCAGGAACCUGCCACAGCGCCCCGACGGUGGAAAAGAGUCGGUGUCGGGAAAAAUAGCAGCGGAUACAACAUCUCAUGGCCCCGCCUCUGCCACGUCGUCCUCUUCUAGCAGCACCGGUGGGAUGAACGUGCGCGGAAGCACCGCGCCUGCAGACCGGCAAGCUUUGACGCCGUCGCGGUGGCGAGAUCUCAUGAAGCGCGCCGACGCCGCAUUGCAGUCGCUGUUGUUUUCAAAUCCGACGACAGUACCUUCCAGUACCGGAAGGAGGUCAGGCGAAUCAUCAGCAGUCGUACAGGACGAGAGGGCGAACGGGUCAGAGGACCACGACGUGAAUCAUCGUGGUGCAUCCUCAGCCCCGAUAGUUCGUCGAGAACAAGAUCAAAAUGACGACCGCGCCAGCGGUAACCCGAAAUCAAACUCGAACGAUCAACAUGACGGCAAUAUGAAAGACAGUGCUUGAUGAACUCUCAAUUAUGUUUGAAAUUGAAAAGAGUUCUUGAAGGAGAAGGUGUUUCAUCACAUAGAUGAAAGGUACUACGCUCAGUGAGCGUAGUCAACGAGAUGACAUGAAGAUAGCAAUUCGCUGACGCUGAAGUAAAGGAAU